AUGGCCUCUGGCAUAAACAAGAUUCAUCAGCCCGGGACUUGUAGUGGAUCUAAAGCCGCUCGCAGCAGCUCGGCAGAGGAAUGCAAUCAGGAAAUGCACGUGAAAAUGUGCAAGAAAAUUGCCCAGCUCACUAAGGUGAUAUAUGCCCUGAACACUAAGAAUGAUGAACAUGAGGCUAGUAUACAGGCUCUGAGAGAGGCUCAUGAAGAAGAAAUUCAGCGCAUUCUUGCUGAGACAAGAGAAACGAUUCUCCAAUGUAAAAGCAAAGUUGAAGAAGAACAAUUGCUCAGAAAACAUAUUCAGGCCCUUGAAAUUGCAGUAGAACAACACAAGAGACUAAAGGAAGAAGCCUUGGCAGAGUUAACACUGUGCAAGAAGCAGGUGGAAGAGAGGGAGCCGAGAACACAAGCGAGACAAGCACACACAGUCCUUUCUACAGACAUGGUAGACACCAAUGCAGACGUUGAAAACAAGGCUCUACGUUUAAAUCAGGAGUCUGAUGGACUGCUAAAUCAAUGCAAAGCAUCUAGGAGAGCAACUUUAGAUAAAAAAGUAAUUUUAGAUGAAAAGUACAGUGUGGAAGGACAGCCUCUAACAAAUGAGGUGGAAAACCUGAAGAGUGAGAACCAGAGAGCAACUGAAGAAUAUACUCAGAAAACAAGCAAAGUGCAAGCCUCCUCUUAUAAGAGACAAAAAGAGGAUUUGAAAAAUGCUAUGCAGCAAUCUGUGAUAGAAACAAAGAAGAAUUGUCAGCAAAGAGAAAUGGAGCAAAGGAAGUGCUCAGAGGCUGAGGAAGGGUUUUUGCUGCAGCAGGUAAAGAAGCUCGAGGCAGACGUAGAAGAGAAAAGCCAGAAGAUAAAUGAGAGGAAGAAGCAUUCCCAGAAGCUGAAGGAGAGAAUACAGGUAGAGUAUGAGACCAUGAUCCCUGUCUCUGCCUGCAAGCAUCAGUCCCAUAAGGAAAAGAUUUGUAUGAAAGAAUAGCUGUUAAAAGGGCUGGAAGAUCUUGUAAUGAAGCAUACAAAGGAAAUCAAGCCAGUCUAAAACUUCAUGGAAGCUGAAAGAAAAAAUGCAGAAGGUACGAAUGAGCUCCAGACACAGCUAGAGGAAUUUAAAAGAAAAUCUGAGUGUGAACUAAAACAACUAGAGAAAGAGAAAGACGUCCUAACUGGGAAACUUCAAAACUCUUCACUUGAGGUUUUGAGGCUCCAAGAUUUUAUUAAGCAAAAUGAGGAUAUUCCCAAAUAUACAAAAUUUCUUCAGUCUAGUUCAAGAAAAAGCAAUGAACAGCAACCGCUUUAUGCAAUUCUGGUGGAUAAAAGUGAAUUAAUAAUUGUGUUGAAGAGACAAGGGAGCAGAUGCCAGGAAAUGGUAAAAGCAGAAAUCCGGACUAGAAGUGAAGGCAAGUCAAGGUACAAUGUAGUUGAAGCUUGUGGUCAUAAAGUGGGAGUACAGAAUGUCCUUUCUCUGAAAGGAGUUGAGACCCUGGGAACUGAUACAAGCUCUGUGGUGGCUCAGCUGAAGCAAAUAUUAGAUCAACAAGCAAAUAAUUUCAAGGAGUCACUGAAGAAACAUAAUCUACAGUCCAACAAAGAAAAAGAGAAGCUUUUGCAGGAUCUUCAAAACACCAUUAAAGAAAGCCAGAAUGUUAAACUGCAGCUGGAGGCAUCACAUCAAAAAGUCUUAAAAAUGUUGGAGAGAAGCAAAAAUCAGGAACUCAAGGAGGCAGAAGAACGUUUGAAAAAGGAAUUUAACGAGACUUUCAAGAUCCAACAUCAGUCUUAUAGGCUGGAAAUACAAACCUUGGAAGAGAAAGCAAAGAAAGAAUUACACGAUGAACUCGAGCAGAUACAGAAGCAGCAAACCCUGUUGCUAGGAUCUCUAAGGAUGGAACUCUCUGAGCAACAGACAUCAUGCACUAAUCUUAAGAAACAAAUAGAGGAACUCCAAAUGGAGCUAAGGAGUGUGAGGACACUGAAGAAGCAACAGGAAGGAAGUAGCCAGAGCCAGAUCAGAUCUCUUCAUGAUGAACUGGAAAAAUGUCAGAGUGAAAUUUCCGAACUCAAGAAAGAGAAUUUACUUUUGAAGGACGCAAUGGAGCUACUCAGUGCAGAGCUGGAGUCGCAGAAGCAAGAAGCUGCACAGCUUCAGGAUAGGGAGAAACAGCACAGAAGGCUACUGGUCGAAGACCUCAAUAUCAAGCAUAAAAAAGAAAUGGACAUACUGCAACAAGAUCACCGGCAGGAAAUCAAAAACAUAUUAUCUGAUUACAGCAGCACUUGGGCACAUCUCCAAGCAAAGAUUUUCUCCUUAGAAACUAAACUUAAAGAAUUAGAAGAAAAGUCAAGAAAGUGGGAGUCCAGAUCAGAAGAUACACACCUUAUAAGCUGUCUGCAAGACAAAUUAAGUGAGAGAGAAGAGAUUAUCAAGCAGCUAGCGGAAGGAAGAAAAUGUCAGCAUUCACUUUUAGCCAACACUGAAUCUUACAGGAAUCGAUCAUUUUCUUUCAACCCUAAUACAGGAUGCUUGACUCCUUCCAUGAAGCAGAAGAAAAUGGUUGAGGUGCCCAGUCGUGUUGUCAGUGUUCCGAAUUUAGCUUCCUACGCAAAGAGCUUUUUGAGCUGUGACUUGAGAUCAAAAAGAAGUGCUCCUCAAAUAACAAAAUCUACAAGCUUAGACCGGAGUCCUGGCUGCCUCAGGGUGGGCUCUCCCUCAGCACAGUCCUCAGACAGCACUGCUGCCACAAGGACACAUGGCAAUGAACCACCACAAACCAAAGAUGAACAAAAACAAGACCCUCGGCAUCAAGAAUGGUUUACUAAAUAUUUUUCAUUUUAA